ACCUCAACUGUGUCUUUGAACCAGCAACAAAGAAGAAGAAUGUUUAUUUAUUUUUUUGUCCCAUAGAUUUGUUGAUUUUACUAACGAACUAUAAAUUUCUAUUGUUUAAAAUGCUCAAAAAGAAAUCGAGCAAUAGCGAGAAAAAAAGGAAGCACCAUUGCUCGGAAGAACGGCACGAGGGCAUCAAACGGAGAAGCUCCGAGUCUCACCGAGAGGACUCCAAAGAUGAGCUGGCUGACCUGGAUCUAGACCGGGUCGGCAGUGACAUCGAAGAAGGCGGCCUGGACCUCAGCCUGCCCUUCAAGCCCAUCAUGGCUUACAUCGGCAACAAGAGGGAGAUGCUGGAGCAGUGCUUCCGCGUGCUGGGAGAGAAGAAGCUGCAGAAGAUGCUGCCCGACGAGCUGAAGGAGUGCAGUGUAAAGGAAAUCCAGGAGCUGUGCUGGGAGCAGCUGGAGCCCAUCCCAGAGGAGAACCUCAUUCAGAUUUUGGCGGGGGAGGAUCUGCUGAGUGGCCGUGAAAACUCUGAAGGAAGCCUUGAAAGCCAGCAAGAUAACAUUGUUGACUCCACAUCGUACCAUAAAGAAACGACAAAAACAGAAGAUCAUAAACAAGAAGUUGGAGGUACCGGCGAGGAGAGCGACGUCCUUUGCAUCAACGCUUACGACAGCGACAUCGAAGCGCCCAAAGAAGAACCGAGCACCAAACCCGCCUGCGACAAAGCUGCCGGGUCUCAGAAGCCCCUGGCCGGGUCUCAGAAGCCCCUGGCCGGGUCUCAGAAGCCCCUGGCCUGGUCUCAAAAGACCCUGGCCGAGCCCAGGCCAAAGAAAGACAUCCUGAGCGACAUAGACAAAAGCGUCAGUGAGAUUCUAUCGCUCUCUUCCGCCUCAAGCACAGACGCAUCCACGGACAGGUCGGCGCCCCCUUCAGGAAUCGGCGACGCGACUCCAAGCGGACCUCCUCCGUGCGGCGACCCCACUGUCUGCCGUCCGUCGGCUCAGCAGCUGGAGCUCCUGGAGCUGGAGAUGAGAGCGAGGGCCAUCAAGGCUUUGAUGAAAGCGAGUGAUGGAAAACAGCGUUGUUUACCCACUACUAUUUAAGUUCCUGUUUAGAGAACUUUAAAAAAUAACUGACUUCUUAUCUUUGCUCCAUGUUGGAAAUAAUAAAGUCUCUUCCAGAAAAUCAAAAACAAAAAAAAA